AGAGGGGGUGGGGAUAGAGAGGAAAAGAGGGGAGAGAGGGAAGGAGAAGAGAGGUUGUUAUUCUCAGUCUUUUAUUAACCAGUUUCUUUCAUCCUAGUGUGUCUUUAUUAUUUAGAAAAAUAAAAAUGAUCCAGAGCUCUACUCAUUCUCACCUAAAAUUCUGGAGUAGGUAAUGACUGUCUACAACCUGGUACAACAUAUGCCCCCAAACUAAAACAAACAAACUCAUUUGCCAUACAAAUUGUUUACGAUUCAUUAAAAAGCAAAAUUGCAUAUCCCGUCGCUGGCAGCUGAGGCCGCGUCUCCACGGGCGGAGGGGGCAUUCACUGAGUUGCCUUUGUAUGCUGGGAGGACCAAGCCGGAGGUUCCCACUAUGAGCCCGGAGUCUGUGCAGCCAGAUGACGCAUGAGCUCUAUUCAAAAUACCCAAGAUUUGGAAGCAACCUAAGUGCACAUCAGCAGACAAAUGGAUAAAGAAAAUAUGGUACAUAUACAAAAUGGAGUACUAUUCAGCUGUAAAAAAGAAUGAGAUCCUGUCAUUUGCAACAACAUGCAUGGAACUGGAGGUCAUUAUGCCUCUGCCUCUGAAUGUGAAGGGAAACUGGACCAGCUCAGUGUCAAGCCUACAGACAUUUCCUUGUUCCUGGGGACUGAGCAGUUUGAAGUUUCCAAAGAUGAAAACAUCUACUCUGAAGAGACCUGAAUGGACAAGAGAUGUUUUCCUCUUCCUUACCGUAAUAAAAGAGGACUGCUCCUGACCACAGGAUAUGCCUGGUCCUGGAAAUGGCCACAUUUCCCCCCUCAGGACCUCUACUUGGAUGGGUUGUCUUGGAAAUAAGGAAGCUCAAACUGAGGCAGAAUCACAGCGAUUUGGAAAAUGGUCCAAUCAGCUAUAGUGGAAGAGCAGAAUCAUUGAAUAUAAAACAUGGAGAUGUCAGCAGCAGGGGCUGUGAGCUGAACAGCUUCACUGGGAAGAGGAUAUGGGUGAGAAGGUACAGCAAUGGGUACCUCCAUUAACAGGUAAGCUGGAUCCUCAAUAGGAAUAGGCACUAGCUGGUUUUGGAUGAAGGUGUCGUAAGAUCAGAUACACUUUUGAGUGAUCAGCAUGAUCUGGGUAUGGACAUGGCAGAGCAGGUGGAAGGGAAGGGACCAAUAUGUGUCAAUAACCAUCUAUGAGCCAGGGACUUACCGGGAAGUAUAAUGUCUUUGUAGUUAGACAGACCAGUAGUGUCUGUUGCUCUGGAGGAAAUUACUUAAACUCACCAAGACUCAGUUUUCUCUGUAUUAAAAUGAUGACACCUACCUCACUAUCUGGCCAUUGGGAUUAAAUAUGAGAAUAUAUGUGAACAUUUAUGUCAUAUGGUAAGCACUCAGAUGUUUCCUGGUGGAACAGCAUGGUGUGGAUUAGGAACAUCCAAACUCUGACAUCAAGCUGAACUUUUGAAAUAGAGGCCUCCCUGCUCACUAGUUGGGUAACCUUGAACAAGCUAGUUAAACUAUCUAGAGCUCAGUUUUGUUAUCUGGUGAGAUUAAUAGCAUUGAAUGGUGUAAAGCACAUUCUCAGUAAAUGCUCAUUAUUAUGAUUAUAGUUAUUAAUGUUUAUUUAACUUUGAAAUAAUAAUGUGUAGGAGCUCCUCAGGUAGAUAAUGGAAAUAAGAAAUUUCUUAGGUCAUGGAAGCAUGGAGGUAUGGAAAAUUUUGGAGAACAAAGAGGAGUCUGGUGAAGUAGGGUGGGGAUACUGGGCAGAUGCAAAGAUUGCCAAGGGUUAUAUCAUAAAGGCCGGGAUACCGGCCUGGCAUCAACUGCCUUAGAUUGGGAAGAUGCAAAACUGUGGUCUGGAGUCAGCCCUGCAGAAGCCUGUUUCCUGACUUUCCAUCUUCAAUCUCUUUUCUAUGCAGUUACCAGAGUCACGUUUUGAAAUCUCAGAUCUGAGCAUCUAUCCUCAAAUAGAGGCCUACAUGGCUUCCAGUUCCUCCAGGAGAAGGUCCAAAUCCCUUAAGAUGACUUUAAGGCCCUCAAGUGUUCCAGGCUCUGUACGUUCUUGUGCCACAACUAUGCCACAAUGAAACAGUUUUUCCCCCAUUUCUACUUUGUUUUUCCAGCUGUAGAGUCAAAGCCUCAAGAAGGGGAAAGGGACGAAUGGACACCAGGUCAUGUGCCAGGUAGCUGGGAAAUGAAUACUUCUAUUUUCUAUUCUUUUUUUUUUUUUUGAGAUGGAGUCUCACACUGUUGCCUGGGCUGGAGUGCAAUGGCGCAAUCUCAGCUCACUGCAACCUCUGCCUCCCAGGUUCACAGAUUCUCCUGCCUCAGCCUCCCGAGUAGCUGGGAUUACAGGUGCGCACCACCACGUCUGGCUAAUUUUUUGUAUUUUUUAGUAGAGACGGGGUUUCCCUAUGUUGGCCAGACUGGUUUCAAACUCCUGACCUCGUGAUCCGCCUGCCUCGGCCUCCCAAAGUGCUGGGAUUACAGGUGUGAGCCACCGCACCUGGCCAAAUACUUCUAUUUUCAUCUCUUAGGAAAACAUAUGAUGUAAAUCACUGUUCCCAUAUUCAAAUUUAAAUGAUGGCUUACCUCUCCGGGGAUGUUUGUAUUUGAAUGAAGCAGCAAGUUUUUGCCACACUGUAAUACUUUAACUUUACAGAUAUUUUGACUCCUUCUGUUUCUGAUUUGCUUUCAUAAAUGAAUAAAAAUACAUUAUUUUACAUCAAAUUCACAUGAGGUAUUAUUAAUUGAAAUAAAAUAACAGAAAAUUGGGAAUGGCUAUAAUUUUACAUUAUUAAAUGUAUUAGAGGUGAAAAAAAUUGAUAAAGUUGAAAAAUGUAAAAAUCAACUAGGGAAAUAGUAGUUUCUGGAGAAAUAACCCAACAAAACCAUCAAAGGCUAGAGCACGACAUGGUAAAAAAAAUUAUUGGUAAAAUAUUGAUAGUGAAAAAGAUCAUUUUGGAAAAAUUUAUAAAUGCAAAAUCGAAUUAAAAAAUUAGACUGGCCCAGGUGCAGUGGCUCACGCCUGUAAUCCCAGCACUUUGGGAGGCCAAGGCGGGAAGAUCACCUGAGGUCAGGAGUUCGAGACCAGCCCGGCCAAUAUGGUGAAACCUCAUCUCUACUAAAAAUACAAAAAUUAGCUGAGCAUGGUGGCACGUGCCUGUAAUCCCAGCUACUUGGGGGGCUGAGACAGGAGAAUUGCUUGAACCCGGAAGGCGUAAGUUGCAGUGAGCCAAGAUCGCACCACUGCACUCCAGCCUGGGCAACAGAGUGAGACUCUAUCUCAAAAAAAAAAAAAAAAAAAAAAAAAAAUAGACUUUGUGGAAAUAAUGGCCCCCAGAGAAAACUUACAAAGACAGAAGCUUUUCUCAUUUAAUUUGAUGUGGGCAAAAAAAAUGAAUGAAAGCUGUAUCAAAAAUAAAUGUACAUGGAAAACAGUGGAUAUUCAUGAAAAAUAAUUUUAGUAAGAUAGAAAUAAAGAUGAUUAAAAUACUACUAAAUAGAAAUUGGUCCAAGAAUUAAAAUGGCUUAAUUCUCCCAGAGAAAUAAUGUCUUUUUCAUUCAGGAAAAUUCACCAAUACUGGUAUAAUUCUGGGGCAAUGUUUGUAUUUAUGAGCAUUGAGUUAAGACAAUUUCUAGGUCACUACAUUUUGAUUGAAUUCAGCAAUUGUCAGCCAGAAAUUGUACCACUCAUUUACUGGGCAAUAACACUAUACAACUACUUACUAGAAAAGGAGCUUCUGGCUAAAAUCUUUUUCUGAACCCAAGAGAAUUGCAAGAAUUUAUCCAUUUCUUCUGGGUAGAUAGUUUGAUUCUGAGAGUAAGCUGCAAUGCGAUGUGCUACUGACAUGAGACCAUUCCCAAUGGGAAGAACAGCAAUCUCACUCCGUGAUCUGGAGGCAUACAGAAAAGCCUGUCUUCUUCAAAGGCACUUGGAGGUAAGCACCUCAAUACUGCUCCGACUGAGCUUCUUGGAGUGUCCCAAGGAAUCACCAACUCUCAGUCUCUUCUGUCAUUCCCUUAAAUUAUUUCUCCUCUCUUCUCUGUUGCUGGGAACACAAAUAGGACUGAAGGAUCCUGGGGAUUUGCUCCCUGCAGUUGGCAAAGCAGUGAUAUGAUAUGGAGUCUUAGUAUUUAGAAGUAACACACAUAGAGCACCUCCUCAAUAUAGCCCCACAGACACUGCCUGCUAAGUUCCUUUGCUGCAUCAUUAUCAGCACACAAAAGCAUUUACUAGGAUCUCUUUGAAAACGCUUCAUUGUGACACUGGGCACAAUGAAGGGAACAGAUGUGAUGGGCCAACCUCCAGGGGUUUGCAAUCCAAGGCAGAAGGACAGACAGUGCAAACACACAUGAGCGCUCAGGCAUAACCUGCAAGCCAGGACACAGGUAUGACAGUCGGGAUUGACACAGUGUGGGAACCACAGAGCAGCGGUCUUGCUUUUACAUAAGGAUGCUUCUUCUUACCACAGGGUUCCCCUAGGGCUCCUUUAACAACAGGCCCUCUUCUUGCAUUUUUAAUGGGAUCUGAUUUAAAAUUAUGCUUUGAAAAUAACUUAUGCGGGAACAUAUUGACUGCAUACAGCUCAUGAUGUUGGUAUAGGGAGAGGUGGCCAAUACUGAAUAUGCCAGGCAAGAAAUGUAAACUUCUGUUUACAUAAUACACAACCCAAGGGGCUCCUUCCAUUGUGUAGAAGCAUCAAAAAACCUGGUUCAUUCUGUGCCUAGCAGAACACCUGGUCUGUGUUUGUUGGUCAAAUAGUAUUUAUUAAAUGAAAUAAUUAAAUAAUUACAAACAAAAUGUCUACUCCAUUCAUAGGUAAGAUGAAUAAAACGCAUUUCUGUUUUCUACUUUUUCUUUCUUCUCCACCUUCCUCUUUCCCUUGUUACUCCUUCUUUUUUUCCUUGCUUUUCUUCUCCUCUCCUUCCUCCUCCUUUGAUUCAUUUUCCUUGUCUUAAUAUUUCUCACUUUAAAGUGUGAACUUAUUUUGGUAUAUGGUAUAAAUUGAGCCUUUGCACAGUUUCCCCAGGGUGUUAAUAACUUCCCUAAUGCCACUUAUUAAAUAAGUGGUCCUUCCUCGGACCACUGAUUUAAGUCUUUUCCUGACAGGGGCUCUAGUUUAUCAAUCUUUAUGUCUCCAGUGCCUGCUGCAAAACCUAGAGAUAUUUGUGGGUAUAUGAUGCUAUAUGAUGUACUUAGGUUCUUUUUGGGUGUAUGGUGUAUUUGUGUUAUGAAGUAUGGUGUAUGGCAUAUUUGUGUUGCCACACUUAGCACUUGUCAUGGGAAGAAUUAUGCUUCCCCCAAACCAACUUCAUAUGUUGAAAGUUUUAAACCCUAGUACCUCAGAAUGUGACUGUAUUUGGAGAUAUUUUUAAACAGGUGACUAUGUUAAAGUCAUGUCAUUAGGGAGGGCCCUAAGCCAAUACAACUGAUAUCCUCAUAAGAAGAAAAAAUUUACACACAGCCAUGCACAGAAGGAAGACUACAUGAAGAUACCGGGAGAAGACAGCCAUCUAUGAGCCGAUAGAGGGGCCUCAGAAGAAGCCAGCUCUGCUACACCUUGAUCUUGAACUUCCAGCCUCCAGAACUGUGAGAAAAUAAAUUUCUGCUGCUUGAGCCAUGCAGUUUGCGGUACUCUGGUAGGCAGCCCUAAUAAACUAACACAGCAACUAUAAAAGUAACUUAUUUUUAUAUUAGGGCCUAUCUAUCUGUGAGCUAUCAACUUCAUUACUUUGAAAUAUCUGACUAUGCUUUCAAUGAGAUUAUUAUAUCAUUUCAAAUAUGUAACAUAUUCUUAGAAAAAAAUGAAGGAAAUAUAGAAAAAUGUGAAUUAUGCUUAUCUCUGACUGUGAGAUUUUGGGUUAUUGUACUUUUUUCUAUGUCUCUUCCAGUGUUUUCCAGAUUUUCUAUAAUAAGCAUGAUUACUUUUCUAAAUAAGGAAAGUAGCUAUUUAAAAGUUAUAUUAAGGUGCUAUUGUGUGUAUCAGAUGGUGGCCUAAGAAGUGGAAAAGGGGAGGUUUGCAUGUAGAUAAGUUUUGCAACCUCUGAGGCUCCUUAAACAUUUUUGAAUUGCUGUAGCCUAGGCUUGUUUUGUAAAAAGUGCUUGUUUCUGAAAAUGAUGAUUUGUUUGGAUAAACCCCCUCCUCAUUUUUUGGGUGGUGGGGGAGCUUUUUAUUGCAUAGUCACAAUGGGAGGCAUUGUUCACACAGACCAGCAUCGUCAUACUUCUAUUCCUGUCACUGACAGUAUUAUUUGCAACUGCUUUUUUUCCAGCCUCUUCUAAUUUCCACACUACCACUUAUUGUAUUUCAUUAAAGCUGGGUUAGAAAUGCAAGGCAUAUAAUUAGAUUGAGAACUAUGCUAUCGAUUUGGUUUUCCAUUAUGAUGUUAUCACAUGCACAAAAAAGUCAUUUGGUACAAUUGUUAUGAUUAAAACUACAAAAGAGAUCUAUUACAUCAGACUUAGUUUUCAGUGCCUGAUGCAGUGUAAAAUAUGAGUGAGAGGGGUUGAUCUGUUUAUAUUAGAGCUGCAUAUGCCAUGUAACCAUAAAUGUCUGUAGGCUAAUAAUUUCAAAGGAACCUUUAGUAGAUGAGAGGUUUUUUAGAAAUUCAUAUUAAAUAAAAGUCAAUCAAUACUUCAAUACUCAA